AUCUAUAUUGUCAGUGAACGAAAAUAAUAUAAAUUGAAAGUUGCAUUCGAACAUUUAAAAUGAAUAAACUUAAACUGUUUGUUAUGAGUGAAAGACUAUGCAUCGUGAGAUUGAAAGUGUCUGAAAGUUUGCCAGACUGGGCAUUGAAAAGUGAAUCAUUUUACAGCAUUACUCGCACCACUGACGAAAUCUCAAUCGUGAUCGACCAAAAAUACGUUCCCUGUGAUGCCAAAAUCAUAAGCGAUGGACCUUGGCAGGCAUUGAAAGUGGAAGGUCCACUUGAAUUUAGUUUGGUCGGAGUAUUGGCCAGUCUGACAGCCCCUCUCGCCACAGCGGAAAUUAGCAUUUUUGCUAUCUCUACGUAUGACACGGACUACUUAUUGAUCAAAGAAUCAUGUUUCCAAAAAGCAUUGGCCGUGUUGACAGAUGAAGGAUUAUUCAUAGAAGAAUGAUUUUCAUCUCAUCUCUAGAUCGAACACAACUCGAAUCAACGUAUUUUUUUUCACUUUCAAAAUUUGAUAAGAAUCGUUUUAUUCCAAAAUUGGUAAAAAUAGAAAAUGUCCAUCAUUAUCACAAUGAAAAAAUAAAAUACAAACGGAUCGUCUUCGAUAGGCCCUUCAACAAUUCGAAUAAAGUGAGGUUAUGCACCUCUUCUUUUUUCUGCCAAAUGUCAAUGGUUAUGUUUUCAUUGUAUUUUAAGCGCGAAGAAUUGACAACUGUUGCAAUUUGGUUUUGAAAGGUGUUAACCCAAACAAACAAUUCUGCGGUGUAGAAACGUAGUAAAAAAAAGUGAAACUGUCACAAAUCCGAACAUCCAAUCGUAAAGUUUAAAACAAUAGCUGAAGUGCCAAACGUAUUGUGAAAGUGAGCGAAAAAUAACUGAACAAAUAUGGAACAAUUAUUAGAGACAUUUCCCGGUCGUGGUUCAUAUUUUAAAGAUCUGUUUCGUUUAUUUGGCAAUGAAUCGCAUAGCUUUCCAUCGUCGGUGUUAAUUGAUGGGGCAUCGGGCACCGGAAAAACUUCGGCUUUGUUAAAUUUUUUGGAACAAUCAAGCAUUUCAUACGCUUAUAUUGAUUGCAUCGAAUGUUACACAUCAAAAAUGUUCUUUGAGGCCAUCGUAAACAAACUUUACGGCCACGAAUUGACGCCAAAUAACAACUUCGAAAACUAUGCGAAUUGCGAUAGUGCUGAGGAUUUAAUGGACGUACUGAAUGCAAUGGAUCCGAAUAAACAGUAUGUGAUCGUUUUAAAGAAUUUUGAUCGUUUGCAUGAAAUCGAAGCAAACAUUUUACCAAUUAUGAUGCGACUCAAUCAAUUUGUGCCGGUUCUUAACAUGUCUUGCAUUCUAAUCGCAUCACAAACACCAUUGAAUUACAUCGGAAAGCAAGGUUUGGUGCCAACAAUGACCAUUCAUUGUGAUCAAUAUGGUAAAGAUGAUCUACUGAAAAUUCUAUCCAAACAAAAUGAUCGUUUGCGCAGAACAAUGAUGGAUAUUGUAAAUGAAGGCACCGAAGAUAAGGACAAACGAAAUCAACGUCUCCAAAUUCUGGAAAAAUUGGAUGAACGGUUUUUCAUUGGAUAUUUUAGCUCAUUUCUUGACACAUUCUUUUCAAUCUGUCGAAAUGCCAAAGAACUUGUAUAUUUGAGCAAUGCCAACUUUCCAAUUUACUGUAAGCCGGUCAUUGAUGAGGAGAUUCGACCCACGGAAUUGCGUAAAUUGUGGAAAAACAUGGAGCUUCCAUUCAAAAUGGCCAUGAACACCAUUUAUUGUCGAGUUGAACAGAAGAAUACAUUGAAAAUUAGCAAAGAAAAUGAUCAUAAUGGAGCGGCGUUGUCAUCGACCAAAGUUGAAGUCCAAAAGUUGGAAUUGCCACACUACACCAAAUUUUUACUGAUUGCAGCAUAUUUGGCCAGUCACAACGAUGCAAAAAUUGAUAAACGCCUUUUUGUUAAGAAUCAUGGCAAACAAAAGAAACGACUACAAAAUAUUCGGUCGAAAGCAGUGGUUUCGGAAAAGUUUUCAACUCAAAUUGGCCCAAAAUCAUUCAACAUCGAUCGUCUUUUGGCCAUAUUUUACGCGAUCAAUGAUACAAAGGUGUCGCUAACAUCCGAUUUACUCGUGCAAAUAUCCAAUUUGGUGCGUUUGAAGUAUUUGACAUUUGUUUCGGGUGAAAAUAACAUUGUGGAUGGAUCGGCCCGACUUCAGUGCAACGUUACUUUGAACUUUAUCUCGAUGGUUGGCAAACAUGUUGGAUUCAACGUUCGCCAAUACCUUUAUGAUUUCAUGUGAAAUGUAAAAAUAACUAUUUUGCUUAAUGUUGUUAUGGUCAAGCUAUAGUUCGUUCUAUCAGUUUAGUUGUUUAGCGAAGUGAAUUAUAAGGAUCUCCAUUAUAAAUGUUCAAACCAAUAAAAAAGGAAUUUUUGUGCAGUCAUACAAACACUGUGACUUCUAUUUCGAAAUAAGAAGUUUAUUUAUUGCUAGAUUCAACUGUCUAACGGAAUGCCGGAACAUUUAAUGAAAACUCGAACAUUUUGCCGGUAAAGCGUUCGUUUGUGAAAAAGUAUUUUCGGGAAAUGUUUCGGCAUUCAUCUAACGGAAUCUCAGAAUAAAAAAAUAAAAUAAAACAAACGACUCGAUUAAUUCAAUUAAACAUUUAUUUUGUUGCUUUAAAAUACAUACAUGCAUUUCAUCUUAAACAAUAUUU